AUGUACCAAACAAAGAGUGGAAACGUUGGAAAUUGGACAUAUUACGAAGACGUUUUGGUCAGAGAAGCUUUUCCACGCUCUAGUUGUCUUGAUAUUAAAAAUAGAAAUAAGUGUUUCACAGACGGAAAAUAUUUGAUCGACCCAGAUGGAGAUGGCCAAGGCAAACCAUUCGAAGUGAAUUGUGAUAUGACGUCAUUUGGUGGUGGAUGGACAAUGUGUUAUACAACAGACAGUCAUGUCAAUAUAAAGACUGAACUCUCCACAACACCUGAACUCGGAUAUCGAGCGGACUGUAACAACAUUCCGUUUACUGAGGUGAUGUUUGUCGAUGAAGUAUCUAAACAAAAGGCAGCUUUUACCAAAGAUGAUGGUUCACCUAUCACAUUUGCUGGUAAUUACAAUAAGAAUGCAGGAUCAUAUGGCUUAUGGACAGCAAAUGAAGAUGGUGCGGCCACGACGGCAUACAAAUAUCAAAUGCUUAUCUGUGACACAUCCUUCUAUAAGGGUCUACAUUUCUCAGGACAUACCAAAAACAUCUACAAACAGUGCAAUAAGUGGUUUGAUGACACAUCUUCUGCAUAUUUUCGUACAUCUGCUGUCUCAAAACAACGUUUCAAAGGUGUCGCUUUCAACGAGAAUGGUCAUGAGCCAAAAUCAAAUCGCCUGAUAAGUGUAGGAAUUCGUUAAGAUGUCAAUUAACAUGGAUGACUCAUAUUUAUCUGAAUAUGGUAUUAUAAGCAAACUGAACACAUCAAGAACUGUAAACUUUGAUUUUUACAAAUGUUAUCAGAUGUACCACUGUCUUAAUAGUAUUUCCACGCCUCUCUGCACAACA